UUCAGAAGAUUAAAUCAGACAAAAGCGAUGUUCUCGCUUGAGUAAUUACAAGAAUGGCCGUCUUAUUGAUUCUAAUACUGUUCUUCAAUACAUAUUCAUGCGAAAACAAUGUCGAAGAAUUAUUUAAAGAAAUCAAUGAAGCAACCGUCAAAUUCAAUGCUAUUGGUGCUGAUAUUGCUUGGCAAUCGGCACUUAACCCUGGCAAUCCAGCAUUGUCAAGCAAAGCAGCUGUCUACCAAGAAAGGCUGCUCUCCUGGCAACACAGAGCAUGUAAAGAAUUAGAGAAUUUUCACGAAAGUCAUGCCUUGAAUUUAACUCAAGAAAGGCAGGCAUACCUUUUAUGUAGAGGACCGAAAUUUAUUUACAAGGAAGCUAGAGAAAUAAGUAAAAUAUACGAAAAAUUACAAUCUAUUUAUUCUAAUGUAGAAGUGUGUUUACUGCAUAGUAUAGGAAACAAUAACACAAAUGUUACAAUUUUCGAAAAUGCCAUCAGUAAAUAUAUUUUAUAUAUAAAAUAUUUGAAAUUGGAUGACAAAGCAGUUCCUUUUGCCGCUAAAAUAGCUGCGAGUGAUUUAAAAAAAGAUGGAAUAUGUUUAAAAGGAGAAGAAGAUUUCGAGAAAGUUAUGGAACAUUCUAGAGAACCAGAAAUAUUAGAAUGGGCGUGGUUAGCUUGGAGGGAAAAGAUGAAAUUAAUGAAGGAGCCCUAUGAGAAAUUGAUUUAUGUAGAAAAUAAAGCUGCAAGGAGAAAUGGUUAUACUGAUAUUGGAGCGUCAUGGCGAGAUGAAUUGGAGAUACCCAACUUACGAGAGAUUAGUUACAAGUUGUACAAAAACAUUAAGCCACUGUACGCUCUACUUCAUGGCGUUGUGAGAUUUUAUCUGAGACGGGAGUAUGGGGAUAUUGUACCAGAAAAAGGACCGAUUCCCGCGCAUUUACUAGGGAAUUUAUGGUCGCAAAAUUGGGAACCGAUCUUGGAUAUGAUUCUACCGAACGAUAUCAAUUUAGAUGAGAGGAUGAAAAGUUUAAACUGGACUGUGAAGGACAUGGUUAAACGCGCUGAAGACUUUUAUAUAUCGAUAGGCCUUCCUCCAAUGACUGAUACAUUUUGGCAGAAGUCUGUAUUUUCGAGAGACAAUCACAGCUUGGCGCGGUGUCACGGCACUGCGGCAGACAUGUUUAAAAAUGACGACUUUAGGCUUCUUUACUGUUCUCGUGUAUCGUUUGAAGAUUUCUACGUUAUACAUCACGAAAUGGGUCACAUACAGUACUACAUGGCAUAUAAAAAUCAGCCCGGACUAUUUAGGCAAGCGAAUUCAGCGCUACACGAAACGAUCGGUGAUACAUUAAUGUACGCUGUUAUGACACCCCAACACUUACACAGAAUUCGUCUCUUAAACGAUUCCGAACUUUAUAACAUAAGAGACCCGUACGCAGACGAAAAUUACUUAACGAAGGGAAAAUUAGCUUCACAUAGAAAAAUGAUAGAUGAGUUCGACUAUGAAGAUGGACAAGAAACUGCAAUCAAUUCGAAGAAGAAUAUAAUUUACUCUCAUAUAAAACAUAAACAAAACGACGAAUCUCAUCAAGUAACUACGGACGAUAUCCUCGUUCUGAAACAAGCUUUAAAUAAAUUACCACAAAUACCAUUUUCGCUUCUCAUGGACGAGUACAGAUGGAAAUAUUUUGAAGGCAGUAUUGACAAGGAUUCUUUGAAUGAUGAAUUCUGGGCAUUGGCUCAAGAUAUACAAGGUAUAGCACCAAGUGGGGUUAGGAAUGAGGAGUAUUUCGAUAUUGGAGCUAAAUUUCACGUACCAGACAAUACACCAUAUAUACGGUAUUUCCUAAGCAGUUUCCUGCAACAUCAACUCUUCGAAGCUCUUUGUAAAGCGGCCGUGUUUGGUCAUCGCAAUGUUAAAGAGCCUUUACCCCCCACAAUAUAUCUUAAUAGAUGUGAUAUAUACGGAUCUAAAGCUGCUGGAAGGAUAUUGAAAGACUUGAUGUCACGUGGUCACUCGCAGCAUUGGCGCCAAAUAUUACGAGAAACGAUCGGAGAAGUUGACAUUUCUGCAAACGCAUUGAAACGUCACUACCGCCCCUUGUACGUAAUAUUGAUGCGAUUGGUUGAAAAAUACAGGAUUCCUAUUGGCUGGUAACGAAAAUUUAUCGAAGUGAAUCUAUUUAAUUGUAUUCAAUUAUUAAAUAAGGCUGAAACUUUGA